AUGUCGCGUGGCGAGGCUUACCUGCCUGUUUCCUUUCCCAAUAUCAUCACACCAGAGGAACAUGCCGCCAACAUCGAACAAAUUUCCUUUUACAAAAGGAAACUCGCAGAGAUGGAGGCAAAGAACGACCAAGGUCUCAAAAAUCACCAACGGCAGUUUUACCAACAACAAGCGCAAGAAGCUGCUUUCCGUUUGAAGCAGCUAGACGAAGGCAUUGUGCCGCCUCCGCCCACUAUCCAUUACGAGCCAAUGCCGACCGCGACGAUCGAAGAAAUUCAUAGUCCAGAUCGCUUUCCCCCUGCGCAACAGAACGGAAACUCAGCUCAAUGGUCAUAUACAAACAAUCCGGCUUUCCCAUCUCAACAACAGUAUCCCUCAACCCCACACACUCCCGCCCCGAACCAACGAAUAGUGCCUCCAGUCCCUCCUCAGCUCACUAAUCCACUACCACCGAAUUAUCCACAACACCAAGUCACGGUAUCUCACGGGCCCUCGAAUGGGAAUCAACUCAGCUACGGCAUCUCCCCAUUUGCAUCCAGCUCUGGACAACAGCGACGAGCAGAGCUGGGGGUCCCUUCAAUGACGAAUGCGCAACAGAAUUCACCAAUACAUGCUGUAUCAAAUGGGAGGCCAACGCCCACGGGAAACGGCGUUAUGAGGGGACCAACUCCGUCAAACGGAGUGGCCUCGCAUUUGAUCCCUACUUCCUCUAAUCUCCCCACUCCCAAUGAUGCGCCUCUGUUACAUAGAUCCGACGGCAUUGCGAAUGGGCAAACGGUACGGAAUGGUGGUCAAGGUGGCCCGCCUCCAGCGGCCCAUGCUGGAGCGACGACAACUGUUGUGAAGGCCCCCGCACAUUUAACACCAGCGAGUGCAUUGAACACUGCACUGCUUCAAUCGCAAGCUUCUUCUAGAUCACAAACGCCAACGAAUGCUAUUGCGAGCGGGUCGAACCCGAAAUUGGUGACCAAGGCUGCAGGACAAGCACCCGGGAGUUCCAAGUCGAGCACGACACAGAAGACAACUGCGCCUUCAUCAUCCCAAUUCACUGUUCAGAAGUUCAAGUUCGACAAAGUACCACAACCCUCAUCGUCGACCGUCCCUCCUGCUGCAUCCAGUGCCAGCAUAUCAACACCCGUCCCCUCCACGUCUCAGCACCUCCCAAAUCUUUCACAGCGAUGGACAAGGCUGCAAACACUUCUGAACCACUGGCAAAAAGCCGUAGCAAGUGAGGCUGUCCUCGACAUUCCCAUGACUAAGCUUCGUGUCAUCAAAAGGGAGGGGGGUUUCCUAUAUUUUUUCAGAACGGCUGGAAUCGUCGGGCAAGGGGUCGGAGAAUGGAUUUCUCCCUCAGAGGUUCCUCAACUAGUUUCGUUGCAAGGCGAAGUCCAGAUCUAUGUGAGUCGUCGGACGGGUUCACAUGUUGUCCUCGCAAAAACAUUGGACCCGACGAUACGAAGUGAAUAUGUUGUUUUGACUAGUCAAGCAUCGAAAAAUGCUCCAGAAGCUCGAUAUCCAACCGACCCUCCCCAAGGAACACCCCGAAGACAACCUUCUAAACCACCACUCCCCCCCGCGUCAUUGCCGCGAACGCCAAAAGAAGUCCCCACCACUUUCCUUGCCCAUGACCUUCUUCGUGCGCUGGGAAAGACAGAAUUAUACAAGGCCGAUGAUGAGUAUGUGCGCUUUGCGAAACGGAGAGCAAUUAUGAGCGCAGGGCAAGGAGCCCCUGUCCCCGGCCCAGCUCAGGGACAGCCAAUCGUAUCGCUCCCAAUGGCUGCGCCAAUUCCGAAGCACGUAAUCCCAGGUACUGCGGUUUUCAACCCUGCUGCGCCUACUCCUCGACCGUUAUCGACGCAAAACCCCUAUCGGCCUGGGCAGGCCCCUGGGUCAAGUUCGCACAUACCAAACCUACCUAAUCGUGUCCCGUUGUUCCUUCCUGACGAUGGAGGCUCAAUUUCGAAGUCUUCUUCACCACUGAUUCCUGUUUUACCCUCGCCACCACCAUCGGGACGACAAAAUAAGGCGUAUGUCUUGAUACCGCCAGCUCCAGAAUGGGUUACGAAGUUCAAGGCAAAGCAGUCUGCCGCCAGAAAGAAAGGGGAGGGCGACGAUACUGAGUCGGAACGUGAGCUGGAGCGAGUUAGGAAGGCAAAGGGGAAAGAAAAGGCCGUACCUAAGCACCCGUUACUUGAUCUGUCGACGCUGAAACAGAAUCGCUCGCGAGGCUGGUAUGACCAUGUACAAAAUGACGAUGAGGCUGCAGCGAUGUCAAGGGCUUUAGACUGUUUGGGGGAGAUCCCUUGUCGAUGGUACGCCUGCGAGUCAGUGUUGAAUUCACUUGGGCAUCUCGUUGCGCAUGUCCUGAAUGAACAUCUCGAGAAACUCACUUGUGCUUGGCACAAUUGUGCCGGCAAGACUUUUGCGAGUUCAGUCGAUUUAGCCAUCCAUCUCGAAAGUCACGUUCUUCGGUCAAUACCAUGCGCUUAUCAGGACUGCAACGAGAUUUUCCGGCGACCUGCUCAGUUGACAGAACAUCAGCGAACGCAUGUUAGGGAGGGCAGGCCACUUCGGCCGGGUACACGUCCACUACGUGUCUUCUCCUCUGAGCCGGGAGUGCUGCCAAAUCAGGUCCCUACGUGGACGUUCUUCUUGCCGUUGUCAGGGUUUGCGACGAGCAUUUCGGCUGAGCGACAUGCGCAAGUGGGUCCAUGGGUACUACGGAGCAUCUGUGCGCCAACUUCGCGUCUGCGUAUCAAGCAGUACAGUGCCACGCAGCGGAUGGGAACCGUUCUGUUGCCCAACUAUGAGUACAUGCACUCUUCGGAGACAGACUAUUCGGCCAGGACAUCGCAGGCUACCAGGUUGCGAGACAAAGAGUUUGCGCCAUUGCCAUCGAAAGAAAUGUCGGUGUUGAUUGAGGAGGGCAAGUUUGUGCUGUGGCCAACAGCGGACCAGCUGGCGGCCAAACGAGAGCUGGAAGAAGAGGAACUUUUGAGGCAACGGCAAGAAGAGGAGGAUGAUGAAGAUCCCAAACCGAGUGAGGAUGAAGAGGCUGUUGAUCAAGAACAAUCGCUAUUAGCCCCGCCUGAAGCUGGGCCGAGUGGGUUGUUGCAAGAUGAGGUGGCAGCAGAGGCCGAGUCUGAGGAGAAUGCUUCUGAUGCCACCGUUUUGGAGGAGUCUAUUGGCACUGAAACGAAGAUGGCUGCCUGGGGACCGAUGGAAGAAGCAGAAGAGGAGACACCUCGAAUUGAGGCAAUAGAAGAGGAUGAUCAGUCAGAUUCUACAGAAGGUCAUGGUGUAGACGAGGAGGACCAGGUUUUGGAUAUGCUUCAGGAUGACGAGUAG